AUGCAAUUUACAAUCAUUUUACUUAUAACUUUCAUCACCGCUUCAAGUAGUAAAAUUCAGUUGGAAGAAAAAUCUGAAAUGUCGCACAAACUUGUCAAGCGACAUUGCUCGUGUCAACCAUCAGCUUGCACAUGUGCAUCAAUUUACCUAACGUUGCAAAUUUCGUGCUCUUGCCCGCAAACUUGCAAAUGCCCAACAUAUCCUCCUGUUACCUAUACUGUACCAACGACAACAUUACCUCCUGUUACGUAUACAUUACCUCCGGUUACGUAUACGUUACCUCCGGUUACGUAUACAUUACCUCCGAUCACUCCAGUACCUGUGGUAUCAACUAAAUCUUCCUACUGUUGCAUUUUAUUCAUUUGCGCUAGUUGUAACUAUGGAAGAACAUAUAGCGAACCAUCAUCACAGUACAGUCCUGCUUCCAGUCAGUAUUAUUUACCACCCUCUUCUAACUAUCAUUACCCACCACAACCCUACCCCGUCCCCGUCGAUCGAACUCCAUAUUCUUACCCAACUACAACAUCAACGUGUUCCAUUGGUUUUACCAUAUGUUUGGGUGGAAACUUUUGUUGUCGAAAUUAA